AUGUGUCGAGCUCAUUUUCUGCUUCAGACUCAGAGACAGGAGCACAAAGGAGACGCUGCUGCUGCUGCUCGUCCAUUCCAUCCCGUCCAUCCAGCCGUCCAUCCAUCCAUCCGUUCAUCCAACCGUCCAUCCAGCCUGUCCAGCAGGAUGGACGGCUGCCUUCAGCUCCUCUCAGUCGUGCUGCUGAUGUCAUCGUGGUGCGUUCAGGGCCUCCGGGUCAGCCUGUCGCCCAGGCGGCCUCUGCUCCGGCUCGGCUCCCACCAGCACAUGGUCUGCCAGGUCCACGACUGUCCCACAGAACCGAGCAUUACCUGGGCCACCGUCAACGACCGACCCCUGGGGGCGUCCAUCAGCGCCAACAGAACCCACUCCACUCUGACCUUUGACCCCGUUAAGAUAGAAGACGAAGGGCAGCUGACGUGUAAGGCCAGAUGUGGAGAUGGACGGGCGGAGAGCCGAGCCUCCGUCGGUGUUUACUCGUUCCCCUCGGACCCUGAGAUCGCCGGGCAGGACCGCCUCAGAGACCGCUUGGAGGCGACCCUCACCUGCCAGGUGCCCAACCUGUACCCCGCCGGGGACCUGAACCUCACCUGGGUCCGAGGAGACACGGUUCUGAAGAGCACCAGAGGGUCUGGGUCCAGCUCCGUCCGCUUCCUGCCCCUCAGGGAGGAUUCGGGAGGGAGCAUCACCUGCAGGGCGACGCUGGAGCUGCCGGGUCUGCCGUCGGACUACAGGACCAGAGAGACCACCACAACCCUGAAUGUCCGCUAUGCUCCAGGCCUCAUGAACAUCUCUGACCCGGUGGCGGUGAUGUCCGGCUCGCCGCUAACUCUCAGCUGUUCUGCUGAGGGAAACCCCGAGCCGACCAUCACCUGGACGGCAGGCGGUCGCCCUCUGUCCGGAGGUCGCGGAGGUCAGCUCAUCCUAUCGGCGGUGAAGCUUUCCGACGCCGGACGGUACGAGUGUGAAACCAGAAACUCAGAAGGAAACCAGACUGCAGAUGUAAACGUCACAGUUUUAGCUCCGCCCACCAGCACCUCCCUCUCAGUGGAUCCAGGUGAGGAGGUGGUGGAGGGCCAGCAGGUGAAUUUCACCUGCAGCUCUGAAGGAGCUCCGCCUCCCAGCCUGGUCCUGAGGAGAAAAGGGGAGGAACUUCUGAGGACUGACUCCGCCCCCCUGCUCAGCUUCAGCCUUCCCUCCGUGUCCCUGGAAGACUCCGCCCACUACGAGUGUGAAGCCUCCAACCAGUAUGGCUCCCAGCAGGAGUCCAGGUCUAUCACUGUGAGCGCUCACCCGCUGCAGCUGUAUUCCAGUCCUCAGGUGUCAGCGGAGCGCGGCUCGGCUCUGAUCCUCACCUGUAACGCCUCUGGCUGCCUCCACCCGCCUGCCUUCAGCUGGAGGAGGACGGACCGGAACCGGACCCUCCUCCAGAGGACGGAGCCCCAGGAUGGCCAGUCCCACCUCCACCUGCUGAACCUUGACCUCCAGCAUCAGGGAGGCUACAGCUGUGAGGCCGAGUGCGACUCGGUCAUCAGGACCAGAGAGAUCCACGUCCAGGUCUACUCGUUCCCAUCUGACCCUGUUCUGGAGGAUCCCGGUCCGGUCCAGCUGGGCCAGGAGGUCCAGCUGCGCUGUGAUGUCACCGACAUCUUCUCGGCCAAUCAGCUGCGGUUCCGCUGGCUGUCGGGGAACCGGACUCUCAUGGCGGAGAUGCACAGGUUCUCCGGCUCCCUGCAGAACGUCUCGUCCAGUCCUGCAGCUGAAGGCGGAGGAGGCGGCGCGGGUCGUGACCUGCAGCGUGGAGCUGCUGACGGCGGACCGAGACGUCUGGAGGUCCAGAGGAACCAGCAUCCCUCUGCAGAUCCACUCGCUAACUACAAACAGCCAGUCAGAGCCAGGAGGCGGGGCUUAGCGCUGACAAUCACCUCUCCUUAUCCUCCGAGGUCGACCGUCCUGUCCGUCUGUCCAGGUGAGGAGGUGCUGGAGGGCCAGCGGGUGACGCUGACCUGCCGUUCGGACGGCGCUCCGCCCCCCGCCGUGGUGCUGAGGAGAAAUGGGGAGGAGCUUCUGAGGAGCGACGCCAACUCCUCUUCCUCGCUUUCCCUCAGCAUCUCCUCCACCCUGCUGGAGGAGUCGGGCCUCUACCAGUGUGAAGCCUCCAACCAGUACGGCUCCCAGUUGGUCUCCAAUUUCAUCACCGUCAAAGCUCCCCCGAGGAACACUACCGUCCACAUCUUUCCUUCUACGGAAGUCCAGGAGGGCCAAAAUGUGACUGUGUGCUGCCAAACCAUCAGCUUCCCUCCACCGGCGGUGAUCCUGAAGAAGCUGAGCAACGGGACGGAGCUGUUCUCCACCAGCGGCACCUUCCUGUUGGUCAACGUCACUUCCAGCGACUCGGGCUUGUACCAGGUCAACGUCAGCAACGACCUGGGCUCCGAGGUCAGAGUCUUCAGCAUCAGAGUCAGAGAGGUCAGAACCGGAUUUCCUCCCGGUUUGAGCAUCAUCCUCAUCUCAGCCGCCGGCGUCGCCGCCGGGCUGACGGCCUCCGCUCUGAUCCUCGACUACAUGAGGAGAUCCAGGAAGAAAGGCUUCUACCAGCUGCCGCAGUCCGCGCCGCCGUCAGCCUGAAGCUAGCAGUGAGCUAACAGACUCUAAAACAUGGCUGCUUCUCCUUCGGCCCUCUGGGACAUCUGAACGAGUUGCUGAAGUUUUACAGCCUUGGUGUCUGAUAGCAGCAGGAAGAGGAGGCGGGGCUUUGAGUCGCUGAAAUGUGGCGACGGAGCGACUGACUGAAGAUGUGAGGAGGCGAUCUCUGACGCUUUUCUGCUCUGAUUUCCUGCAUAACGUCGUCGUGUGACUGAAGCUAAUCUCCCUCUGGAUUCAAGCUUUCUCCAGAGGUCCCGCUUUUCCCAGCAUACUUUGCUCCAAUGCUGGUGUUUUCCCUCCCAGAGUUCCUGUUUUUAGUCACAUUUAAAUGUUUGAGAUAAUCAAAAUUAAUAUCAAACAGAGAUAAGAAGAGAAAACUGUUUGAUAAGUUUAUUUAUUAAGGUAAAAAGUAACCAGACCAGCCUGGAUUUUUGUUAAAGUAUUUAACUCUCUUCUCAAAUCAAAAACAAUUUUUUGUAAAUAUCAUUCGUUAGCUAAAAAGUUAUCUGUGCUAGCCUUGUAGCACUAAUCAUUAGUAUUAGUGCCUCUGAUGCUAAAGUGCUACACCAGCAUGGUAUUUAGCAGAAGCUAAUGCUAAAGCUAACUCCCGUGUUGCUUCGACACACUGAAACAUUUAAACAGGUAAAAACCUGUCAGGAUGUGAAAACCAAACUCUGCGUUUAAACGUGUCGCUGCCUUUUCCCCUAAACUCCAUUUCUACCUCAUCUUCCUUUGAACCUCUGUCACGAGCCCAGCGGUAACCAUGGAAACGUAAAUACUCCUUGCACAUCUGGAAAGGCAGCUGUCCGCUCUGCUUGUAUUUCCCAGCUGAUGCUCCAGAUCCAUCUAAAAAGCUGAAAUGUUUCGCUGUGUGUUUGGUACUGUCCUGUUUAUUAGCUCUGCUCGGUUCCCCUCUCCUUGUUUUUAAUAAAGAUAUUUAUUUCCUGCCUCUUC